AUGCCGUCCCUGCCUCCGCCAUCCAACAGUGCCCCUCCCGUACCCAACGAACAGUCUCUUCAGGCCAGCCAACCGCAGGACGGAGAGGACAAAGAUAUUGCUGAUUCACGCGAAGCUCGUGAGCAGCUCCUUAGGGAGAAGCUGCGCAUCAAGAUGGCCCAGCGUUCAGCUGGGCAGGACGCCAAUGGAUCUCACCCUUCUUCAGCUGCACCUUCGGCCCGAGAGCAGCCUCCCGACCUUGCAGACGUCACUAUCUCUUCCAGUACAACUCACCCCUCUCAGGAGGGCGCUGAAAUCUCCGGGCCGGCGCGCCUUGACACCUUCUCAUCAAACUCCAACGGUCACGGUGGCCACCCUCCCGACGCUGGCUAUGCUGAGUCUCGCCCUGCGCAUGAUGUGUCUCGCCCGGCGUCACAUGUCGCACGUCCUGCGCUCAAUGAGCCUCCCUUUGACCCCAGCAAGAGCUACGCCGAGGCAGCACGCCAACGCUUCGCAAGUUACGAGCGAAAUCGUUACAUGCCACCGCGCCGCCGUACCCCUUCGCCUCCCCCGCGUCGUGACCCUUCUCCGCGCCGGGCUGUACACCUCUCGUCCUCGCGGGAUCGUGGGCCAGUGAGCCCAUCUGUGCGCUAUGAGCGGGGCGAUCCUCCCCCCGAGAUCGCGGAACGCGGGCGCGCCGACCGCCGUGUUUCGCACUCGCCUGUCGUGGAGCGUCGCCUUUAUGAGCGUUCUCACUAUCCUCGCGAGCAUGUUCGCGAGCGCGAGUUUGAACGUCCCGCGCAGGCAGUGCCACCUUCGACGAUGCCUGCGCCCCCUGCGACUGUCGUGGCGCGUGACGACUUGCCUCCAGCUGACACGAACCCCAUGGAGACCUGGGCUAUCGAGUCGCACGGCAAGGCACCUUCUUACAAGUCGCAUGGCCCGUACAACAAGCAGAAGCCUUAUGACCGCCGCCCGUAUGUUCGCUCGCCUAGCAGUCGUGGUCCGUCUCCGAGUCGUGUGCACUAUGAGGCCAGGAGCCGCAGCUCGUGGGACGGGCGCGGGCCUUCGUCCACCAAGCUCGACUAUCGCUACUAA